AUGUAUCAUGGAGAAUUCAAUGAGAGACGUGAGAGAGAAGGAUGGGGUAUCCAAUACGAUGAGACAUCGGGAAGAAUGUUGUUGGAAGGAAUAUGGAAGGGAAACAAAUUGGUGGAGAUCAUCCGUAAAAUCGAAGGGACCAUUAUGAUCGAGUUUAAACGAAAUGGAGAUAACACAAUCGCCUCUAAUCGAAUUCCCCUUUAUGUGGGUGAAUUCAUUUAUGAUGAAUCGAAAGAAUUGUUUAUUCGAAAUGGUCGAGGAUACUGGAUCGAUGAAGAAACUCGGAUUGCUACUCGCGAAGUGGAGUGGAAAGAUGGAGUGGAAGUGAGUGGAAGAGAUCUCUAUGAUGGAUGGUACACUCAAUCCACAAAGCCGAAGCCGAAACCCAAACCCAAACCCAAACCCGCUCCGAUGCCCGUGCCUGCUCCUGCUCCAAAACCCGCUCCUGCUCCAAAACCUGCUCCAAAACCUGCUCCAAAACCUGCUCCAAAACCUGCUCCAAUACGCGAAGAACCUGCUCCUCUUCGAUUCAUCGUCACUGGAUCUACAAAAUGGACCGAUGUGAGUUUGCAAGUGACCGAUUUGACGAUUUCAUCGAAUUGCUGUAACGAUUUGAAUGCAUUGGAUCUGAAUCGAUUCGAGUGGCUACGAUCUAUCGAAAUCGGUAAUGAAUGUUUUGAAUCAGUGCAAACAUUCAAAAUCGAUGGAUUGAAUCGAUUGAAAACUAUCAAAAUCGGAUACAAUUCAUUUACUCAGGUAAAGUAUGAUUGUGGAAAUGAUAAAUGGAAAUCAUUUCACAUAUUAAAUUGUGAAUCAUUGGAAUCCAUUCAAAUUGGACAAUAUAGUUUCAGUGAUUUUGCUGGAGACUUUGAAUUGAAGAAUCUACCACAGUUACAAUCCAUUCAAAUUGGUACAGUUGGAAGUGAUUCAGCCAAUUUCUAUUUUAGUUCAUUUGUGAUUCGAGAUCUUCCAAAUCUACAAUCCAUUACAUUAGGUGAUGAUACGUUCCGUUUAUCCUUAUCAACAAUAAUUGAAAAUCUUCCAUCAUUACAAUCCAUUCAACUCGGAUUUAGUGCACUUCAAGGAAGUUAUGAUGACGAUUCAGCUUCAUUGAUAAUGCGAAAUCUUCCAAAUCUAACAUCAAUAACUUCUGUAGGAUGGAGUUUCAAUAAUCCUCGUGUAGUGAAAUUGGAAAAUAUUCCAAAUCUUCGAAUUGUCAAGCUACCUGAUUCAUUCAAGAGAGUUCGAUCGAAAAAACCAAUUUCGAAUGUUUCUUCCAUUCUCGAUAGACUUGUCUAAGUCAAGAGAUGGUAAUUCCAGCAUUGAAUCUACACAAAUCACUUCAUUCCAUUCCAUUCCACCCAAUGAUCAUUGUAUGUUCAAUGCUUA